AUGCGCACCAUCAUUCGUUGCUUGAAUGUUCUCUACGAGAGCGGGAGAACCGAAGCCUUCUACGAUCUCCAAUUGAACAUCAAGGGCAAGAAAACAAGUGAGUGUGAACCAAGAGGGCAAAUCUUUGAACAAGAUCAAAAAUCUAACGACAGUUCAACUUUUCGAGAACCAUCUCCAAGCUCAAAACAUCCUCAAAAUUUGCCGUUCAGUUCCUAUAAACAUUUAAACCAAUAAAUACUUGCAGUCUACGACUCCCUGAGGGACUACACUGCCGUGGAGCGCCUUGACGGUGACAACAAGUAUGACGCUGGCGAGCACGGACUGCAGCCCGCGGAGAAAUACACGAAGUUCGCGGAACUUCCUCCAGUACUCCACUUCCAGCUCAUGCGCUUCCAGUACGAAGGAACAGAGCAGAAGAUAAAUGACAGGUAAAUCACAAAGCUUGUUAACUUUCCUAUUAGGAAAUGUUCCAGAUUCGAAUACCCGGAAGAACUGGACCUCACCGAAUUUUCGGAUGGCAUUCAUCCUGACGAGUGCGUCUACAACUUGCAAUCAGUCCUGGUUCAUUCUGGAGAUUUCCACGGAGGACACUAUGUCGUCUUCAUCAACACGAACCUCCACAACUCGGCAAUUAAUGGAGCGCGCCCCAAGGUUUGCUGAAAAAAAUAUAUUAAUAAAAAAAUUCGAAAAAAAUAUAGUUUAUAAAUUUUUUUCAAAAAUUGAUUUUUCGAACUAAGAAAACAGUUUUUUUCAAAAAGAUAUUCAGUGGUGCAAAUUUGACGACGACGUUGUGUCGAGAGCAAGUGUUCGUGAAGCGGUCAUGGCCAACUACGGUGGCGAAGAUAACGAUGCUCCUGGCCGUGCUUUUCACCAACGCCUACAUGCUCGUUUACGUCAAGAAGCUUGCGAUCGGUAGGGAGUUACAAUGGAAAAACAGAGAUGAAAAAAACUGGAGAUUAAAAAGACAAGAUCAAAAAAACAAGAUUUUUUUCAGUUUUUUUCGCACAGUAAUCAGGUUUACGCAAUCUUGAGAGUAGAUUCCGAAUGAAAGAAUAUUUGUAAGAGUUUUUGAAGCUCUCACACAAUUCAUAAAUCGGCUCAUGACGAAGGUCAGGUUGUAAGAUAUGAAAUUUCCAAGAGGCUUCAAGUUUUCGGAAAAUGAAAUGUCAAAAAAGUUGGGAAGCAUCAACUUCAAGAAAAGUCAAUAACGAAAAAAGCUUUCAAGCUAAGUAUAUGGGAACUGAACCCUUUAAUAAUUUCAGCCGAGGUCGUUCCUCUCCCCAGUAAAGAUGAGAUCCCGCAGCAUCUUGUUCAAAUCUUCGAGGCGGAACCCAGUCACAAAAUGAAGCUCUCACCCCCUCGUCUAUUCACUGAGCUAGUUGUUCGUGGCCAAGAUCAUUUCAUUGAGUUUAUCUUGUCACACCUUUGCAGAUCGUGACGUCAGAAUUUCUCCAUCCCCUUAUCAAACUAGAUUUGUUUAAACUUGAAGUUGUCGAAGAAAAGGCGUCGCGUGAAAAAUUCAGCAAAUCUUUGUUAAUCCCAGAUUUCUACGAGGAACUCCGCAAUCGUCUUUGUUUUGACCACCUGCGGGUGAAUAAAAUUCUCAGCAUUUUUCACACGGAAAAAUUUUCCCAGAUGCAUCCCGGAGGAGAAGAUUUUAACGUUCUCAACUUCCGCGUUUGGAAGUUCACCGAAACGCCGGUGAAGCGUAGAGACAUCGACGCCAUAACCACUCAAUACCGUCCCAACGUCGUUAGUUAUCAACAAGAAACUCCAGAUCUUAUUCGAGUUUUAGCUGCUCAACAUUCAAGAGGCGGACAAGACGAUUGGGAGUGUCUUCGAAACGGAUCGCCACUUCGUCUACAUUGAGUACCCUCUCAUGCCAAACAACAACGAGCCGUACGACGAUGCUAGUGAGUCUUCAGAAUAUCGGAAAAAUUCAGAGAGAAUGAUUGUUCAGAUGACAUUCUUGUCUUCCUCAAGGCGUACGAUUUCGAUUGUAAAAUGAUUCGCAACCUCGGUCACACCGUGUUCAAGUAUCGCAAGACGAUUUGUGACUAUCACGACCAUUUCUGCAAAAUGGCUGGAUGGUCCACAAAGACUCUGCUUAAUUAUUAUGAGGUUUUGAAAUCAGAAAAGAAGUAACAAACUGAAGUACUGAUUUACAGGAAGUGACGGUUGACUACAUUCGUUUGAUCGAACAUGAAGAUAUCGCCUUGUGUGCCGAGUCUUGCCUCCACGAGUUCAAAGACGGUUUGAUCAUCCUCAUUGAGGACGGGGAAAAGACCAACUCAAAGGACAACGCCAAGGUAGACCAUCCAAUGAAAAAAUGAAGUUUGACGUUCAAAGCUAAUAAUAAUCUGAGAAAUAUUCACGAGACAAAAAAGCUCCACUUCAGACUAUGUGUAGAUCAUCAAAUGAAAAGUUUUGAAUCUGAGAUAUCGAUUCAAAUGAAGGUUUUUUUUAAAGUUUCUCAUGAACUGAGGCAAGACCGAGAAGAUAAAACUCUAUUUGAUUAACUCUCACAUAAUGCCGUAAGCUUCUCCGAGAUGUCUUGAUGAAAUAUUCUAUUUUUUCAAUCGUGACUUUUUAAUUUAGAAAUUUGAUUGAAUAAGUUUCUCAAGUUUCAAGCAAAAUCAUUGAAACUUUUCUCAGACAAUGGACUUCAUAAAAACUUUCAGACUUUCCUUGAAGCUUUCCACAACACCAUUCGUGUCGAACUCCAAAUAAGAAAUAGCUUCCUGACUAAUGUCAGGUCCGUUUUCAAAGUUGUUGAUCUGGUGAGUUGUUUCGAAAUUCGAAAAUGAAAAUCAUAGAAGAACUACUGUUCCAGGAUUUGCCAAUUUGGAAGCUCGUCGAAUUGAUUGCUUUGCACAGAUGUGAUCCCCAGGAAGUCCUGAUAAUUAAUGGUUUAUGCGGAGAUCGUUCCAACCAGGAAUAUUUCUCGUUGCAAAAGCCCCGAGUACUGAAAUCAAAUGUUUUCUCAGGAAAUAAAUCUCAAAAUUCAGCUCGAUAAGAGCACAGUGCGUCACUUGCUCAAUCUCCAGGAGAAAAGUUAUUAUGAUGUAUAUAUGAUGAAACGGUAGAAAUUUCGACAGUAGCAACAAAUAUUUGAAUGAUUUCCAGUCAUGUGAUUGAAUGUGUUCUGCUGCCUUUUCGCAUUCAGGACUUAGAUAGCAGGAAGCAGCUCAGAAUCCAGGCGAUGGAUCACAAAAUGAACAUUUCAGAAAUUACUGUUUGGCCGGAACUAAGCGGCAAGGUACGUUGAAAUUAAAUUAAAUUUCCAAAGUUCCUUGCAGGUUUCUGACAUCUUGGAGGAGGCCUUUCAACUCUUCCAACUUUUUCCGAAAACAAGAAAUCUCCGCCUCAUUUACAUCAGCCAAACGAGUACUUCUUUCCGAGCCUUCAAGCCGUUUAGCGAGGACGCGCCGGUUGACGAAGUCCACAAGAAGCUGACUUCUCCUGAGUACACGGUAUGUAAGAAAAAUUAACAACUGAAUAGAUAAGUGAAAAGUCAGGUAAUCAUUAGAGAAAGUAUCAGUAAUAAGAUAAGAUCAUAUCAUUCCGUGAACUUCUCGUAAGAAAAAAAUAUCAGAAAAUAAUAAAAUGAAUUGAAGGUCCCAAACUUGUAAAGAAAAUUCUUGAAAAUCUCAGUUCAUUCAUCAUUGACUUUCCGGUCUUUGAAACCCAAUUUUCUUCAAAAUUUUCUGAAAAUACUCCUUUCAAAUACAUACGAAUAAUAGAAAGAAAAUAUCGGGCAACAAUGUUGGUCUUCAAUAAAGUGCGUAGGAGUUCACAAAAAGCAAAAAAAAAAAGAUUAAAUUUAGAAGACCGCGAGUCCUGUUCCCUCCAUCACCACUAGUUUCGAACACAUAUUUUCCCAAAUUCUCCCUACAUCUAUUUCGUGAACUUUAGUACUUGUGUGUGAGAAAUGAAACAUUUUGAUUUGAUUUGAUUGAUUUGAAGAGGUCAAGAUUUGAAGGGGAAGAUAGUUUUGAUAUAAUUGUCUAAUUCCAGAUUCGAGUCGAACAAGUUCCACGAAAUCAAUCGGUUAUUGGAACGAACGAUUAUCUGAUUCCAGUCUCGUAUUUCGACCGCAUAACGAAAGAGAUGUUUGGCGUGCCUUUCUUGUUUAAGGUCUGUACCCUCGAAUGAAUGACAGAAACCUGAAAAAAGGAUUUUUCAGGUUACCGACGGGGAGCCUCUGAGCUCUGUUCAUGGCCGACUUCGCGACGUUCUCGAAGUUCCUGAAAGGGAAUUCGAGAAAUACAAGUUUGCCCUGGUGGAUCAGGCUCGCGUGGUUCGCUACCUGGACAUGAACUCCGACGGUCUGGUCAACCUGGCCGAACUCGGCUAUCAGCCAGGAAGGUCCCCCAUGGUGGACGUCGCCGCCAUCCCGUACCUCGGACUUGAACAUGUCAACAAGCGAGGCUCCCGAAAUGCUCAUGCCGCCGAAAAGGCUAUUCGUAUCCAUAAUUAG